GCCCUGCGGACACCCCUCCCUCCGGCUGGCGGAUGCAGUGCCUAGCGGCCGCUCUUAAGGACGAAACCAACAUGAGUGGGGGAGGGGAGCAGGCCGACAUCCUGCCGGCCAACUACGUGGUCAAGGAUCGCUGGAAGGUGCUCAAAAAGAUCGGAGGCGGGGGCUUUGGUGAAAUCUACGAGGCCAUGGACCUGCUGACCAGGGAGAACGUGGCCCUCAAGGUGGAGUCAGCCCAGCAGCCCAAGCAGGUCCUCAAGAUGGAGGUGGCUGUGCUCAAAAAGCUGCAAGGGAAAGACCACGUGUGCAGGUUCAUCGGCUGUGGUCGGAACGAGAAGUUUAACUACGUCGUGAUGCAGCUCCAGGGCCGGAACCUGGCUGACCUGCGCCGCAGCCAGCCCAGAGGCACCUUCACACUGAGCACCACGCUGCGGCUGGGCAAGCAGAUCCUGGAGUCCAUCGAGGCCAUCCACUCCGUGGGCUUCCUGCACAGGGACAUCAAGCCAUCAAACUUUGCCAUGGGUAGACUGCCCUCCACCUACAGAAAGUGCUACAUGUUGGAUUUUGGGCUGGCCCGGCAGUACACCAACACCACGGGGGACGUUCGGCCACCUCGGAAUGUGGCCGGGUUUCGGGGGACUGUUCGCUAUGCCUCGGUCAAUGCCCACAAGAACCGGGAGAUGGGCCGCCAUGAUGACCUGUGGUCCCUCUUCUACAUGCUGGUGGAGUUUGCAGUAGGUCAGCUGCCUUGGAGGAAGAUCAAGGACAAGGAGCAGGUAGGGAUGAUCAAGGAGAAGUAUGAGCACCGGAUGCUGCUGAAGCACAUGCCCUCUGAGUUCCACCUCUUCCUGGACCACAUCGCCAGCCUUGACUACUUCACCAAGCCCGAUUACCAGUUGAUCAUGUCAGUGUUUGAGAACAGCAUGAAGGAGCGGGGCAUCGCUGAGAACGAGGCCUUCGACUGGGAGAAGGCGGGCACAGAUGCCCUCCUGUCCACGAGCACCUCCACCCCGCCCCAGCAGAACACCCGGCAGACGGCAGCCAUGUUUGGGGUGGUCAACGUGACACCAGUGCCUGGCGACCUGCUCCGGGAGAACACGGAGGACGUGCUGCAGGGCGAGCACCUGAGUGACCAGGAGAACGCACCCCCCAUCCUGCCUGGGCGGCCCCCUGAGGGGCUGAUGCCCAGCCCCCACCUUGCCCCCCACACUGGGGGUCCAGAGGCUGAAGUCUGGGAGGAGACGGAUGUCAACCGGAACAAACUCCGGAUCAACAUCGGCAAAACGCCCUGUGUGGUGGAGGAGGAGCAGAGCCGAGGCAUGGGGGUCCCCAGCUCCCCGGUGCGUGCCCCCCCAGACUCACCGACAACCCCCGUUCGUUCUCUGCGCUACCGGAGGGUCAACAGCCCAGAGUCGGAGAGGCUGUCCACGGCGGAUGGGCGGGUGGAACUGCACGAGAGGAGGUCACGGAUGGAUCUGCCCGGCUCACCCUCGCGCCAGGCCUGCUCCUCGCAACCCGCCCAGAUGCUGUCAGUGGACACCGGCCACGCCGACCGGCAGGCCAGCGGCCGCAUGGACGUAUCAGCCUCCGUGGAGCAGGAGGCCCUGAGCAACGCCUUCCGCUCGGUGCCGCUGGCCGAGGAGGAGGACUUCGACAGCAAGGAGUGGGUCAUCAUUGACAAGGAGACAGAGCUGAAGGACUUCCCCCCGGGGGCCGAGCCCAGCACAUCGGGCACCACGGACGAGGAGCCUGAGGAGCUGCGGCCGCUGCCCGAGGAGGGUGAGGAGCAGCGGCGGCGGCCAGGGCCAGAGCCCGUGGUCCGGCCCCGGGGACGUGGCAUGCACACGCUGGCUGAGGAGGACCUGCGGCCGACACCGGCCCAGCCCCCACCCCAGAUGAGCCAGGCCGAUGGCCGGUCAGAGACAUCUCAACCCCCCACGCCUGGCAGCCCAUCCCACUCACCCCUGCACUCCGGACCCCGCCCUCGACGGAGAGAGUCGGAUCCCACGGGCCCACAGAGACAGGUGUUCUCUGUGGCACCCCCGUUUGAGGUGAACGGUCUCCCAAGAGCUGUGCCCCUGAGCCUGCCCUACCAGGACUUCAAGAAGGAUCUCUCUGAUUACCGAGAACGAGCUCGGCUGCUCAACAGGGUCCGGAGGGUGGGCUUCUCGCACAUGCUACUCACCGCCCCCCAGGUCCCACUGGCUCCUGUUCAGCCUCAAACUAAUGGGAAAGAGGAAGAGGAGGAGGAAGAAGAGGAAGAGGAGGAGGAGGAGGAAGAAGAAGAGGAGGAAGAGGAGGAAGAAGAGGAAGAAGAGGAGGAGGAGGAAGAGGAGGAGGAGGACGAGGAGGAGGAAGAGGUAGUGGCCUUGGGGGAGGUGCUGGGGCCACACAGUGGAUCCAGCAGUGAGGGGAGCGAGAGGAGCACGGACCGGAGCCAGGAGGGUGCCCCAUCCACACUGCUGGCCGACGAUCAGAAGGAGUCCAGGGGCCGGGCCUCGAUGGCCGACGGGGACCUGGAGCCCGAGGAGGGCUCCAAAACGCUGGUGCUCGUCUCCCCUGGCGACAUGAAGAAGUCGCCCGUCACUGCAGACCUGGCCCCCGACCCUGACCUGGGCACUCUGGCUGCCCUCACGCCCCAGCAUGAGCGGCCCCAGCCUGCUGGCAGCCAGCUGGACAUGUCUGAACCAGGCACCCUGUCUUCGGUCCUCAAGUCUGAGCCCAAGCCCCCUGGGUCCGGGAUGGGGCCGGGGGCCGGGGCUGUGACUACAGGGGCAGGGGGAGUGGCAGUCACCUCCUCGCCCUUCACCAAAGUUGAGAGGACCUUUGUGCACAUUGCAGAAAAAACCCACCUCAAUGUCAUGUCUUCCGGUGGACAAGCCUCCCGGUCCGAGGAGCUCAGCGCAGAGGGCGAGCUGGGCCUGGAGGUGCCCUCUGAUGGGAGGGUUGUGGAGGAGGGGGCCUCCGUGCCUCUAGAGAAUGGCAUUGCCCUGUCAGGCCCUCUGGGGGACAGCCCCUUGGAGGUGGCUACGGACUCACUACCCAAUGGCCCAGCCCUUGCCGAUGGGCCAGCUCCAGCAUCCCUGCCUGAGCUGGGCCCUGAGAAACUGGCCACCAUCUCCCCCAGUCGCCAUGCCAUGCCAGGCCCUCGCCCCAGGAGCCGAAUCCCUGUCCUGCUGUCUGAGGAGGACACGGGCUCGGAGCCCUCGGGCUCACUGUCGGCCAAAGAGCGGUGGGGCAAGAGGGCCCGACCCCAGCAGGACCUGGCACGGCUGGUGAUGGAGAAGAGGCAGGGCCGCCUGCUGUUGCGGCUGGCCUCUGGGGCCUCGUCCUCUUCUAGCGAGGAGCAGCGCCGCGCCUCUGAGACGCUCUCUGGCACAGGCUCUGAGGAGGACACGCCUGCCUCUGAGCCUGCGGUGCCUAGGAAAGCUGGGCGGGCAGCUGCCACUCGGAGCCGGAUCCCUCGCCCCAUCAGCAUUCGCAUGCCCACACCUGCCGCAGCCCAGCAGCCCCCUGACAGACUCCAUGGAGCAACCCCAGCAUCUGACACAGCCAUCACCAGCAGGCUCCAGCUGCAAAAGCCCCCGGGGACGGCCACCGCUGCUGAUCUCCGGCCCAAACAGCCCCCUGGCCGAGGCCCCGGUCCAGGGCGAGCCCAAGUCGGCGCAAGGCCCCCAGCCCCGCGCAGUCCCGGCCUCCCCGCCUCUGCCGUGCACCAUCCCAGCGCGUCCCCCCGGAGCCGGUCUCUGUCCCGCAAGGAGAGCCCCUCCCCCUCGCACCAAGCCCGGCCUGGGGUGCCCCCACCCCGGGGCGCCCCGCAGGCCCGGGCCCAGCCUGAUGGCACCCCCUCCACGGGGGCCCCCAAGAAAGGACCCAGAGGGAAACUCCAGACUCAGCGCUCAGCAACCAAAGGCCGGGCGGGGGUCGCGGAGGGCCGGGCCGGGGCCAGAUAA